AGGCGGGACACGCGCGUGCACCGUAGCUCUUGACUAUAUGCUCGCGCACACUAUAGCGGCUCUCAGACAGCACGAGCUCUUACUACGACCUGAACGGGUGCGCGUGCAUCUCUCUCGCUCCCCGUCUCUCUCUCGCGCGCUGUCAUUUUAACGUUCUAGCGACUUUAUACCGGGGAAGCGGAACGGGUGUGAGAUCAUCAUCCUCAUCAUCUUUAUCUCAGAGGAGGUAAAACCCCGCGGGCGGAGCUCGAGCGGCGGAAAUCACGCGCUAUGUGUCUGUUCGGGCGGUGAAGAUUCACGCGUUGAGAGUCUGUUUGCCUCCGCGCGCACUCCGGGAUCCGGGCUGGGACUUUCUCCUAAACACACACACACACACACACACACACACACACACACACACAACAACAACAACCCAGUCUGAGAAGGGGAGUGUGGGUGUCGUCUUUCCUCAGAGAUUCAGAGCAUCACUUUAAUGAAGACUCACUAACCGUGUUUCAAAAGGUGACCCUUCACAACAAGUAUGGGGUCACCAUGGAAACCACUUCUGUUGCUGUCAAUCAUCAGCUGCCUGACAGACUUUGCCAGAUCGGUGGCGGGCAGACCGGCGUCGUAUGCGGUCGUGUUGAGGAUGAAGCCGGACAGCUCCUCUUCCUCACUUCUGAACCCCAGGACGAGGCUGAGGCAGGACCACGGUUCUUUUGUCCAGGACUGGCCUCCAUUUGACAGACAGAGGCUGUCAGCUCUCAACUUUCAGGAGGAUGAUCACAGUGAAGAAAGUGAAGAAUUCGGGCCUGUCUUCAUCCAGGAGCCAGAUGACGCCAUCUUCUCUCUGGACUCUGAAGAUAAGAAAGUUAUAAUGAGCUGUGAAGCGAGAGGAAAUCCUGCUCCUACAUACAGUUGGCUGAUCAAUGGAACAGAUGUUGACGUUGAGGCUGACUCACACUACCGUUUGAUUGAUGGGAACUUGAUCAUAAUAAAUGCCAGCGAGGCCACCGAUUUCGGGAAGUACCAGUGCAGAGCCGAGAACAGCAUGGGAGCUGUCCUGAGCCGGGAAGCCUUCCUGCAGUUCGCCUAUCUCAGUGCUUUCAGUGGGCGAGCGAGAGGAGGUGUGUCUGUCAGAGAAGGUCAGGGAGUAGUGCUGAUGUGUAUGCCUCCUCCUCAUUCACCUGAGAUCAUCUACAGCUGGGUGUUCAAUGAGUUUCCAUCUUUUGUGGCUGAGGACAGCCGACGCUUCAUCUCGCAGCAGACGGGGAACCUGUACAUCUCCAAGGUACAGCCCUCGGAUGUGGGUAGCUACAUCUGCCUGGUAAAGAACACGGUGACCAACGCCCGGGUCCUGAGUCCUCCUACUCCACUGACACUCCGAACAGAUGGUGUAAUGGGGGAAUAUGAGCCCAAAAUUGAGGUGCACUUCCUUCCUACAGUCCUGGCUGCUAAAGGAGCGACGGUGCGACUCGAGUGUUUCGCUCUUGGGAACCCCGUUCCCACAAUCACAUGGAGGAAGAUCAACGGGAACAUUCCGAAAAAGGCUCGACUCCGCAAGUCUCAGGCCGUGCUGGAGAUUCCCAACAUCCAACUGGAUGAUGCGGGAAGUUACGAGUGUAAAGCAGACAAUUCCCGAGGAGGGACGGCCUUCAGGGGACACGUCCAGGUGUACACGGCGCCGCAGUGGAUCAGUCUGAUAAACGACUCUCAGUUGGACAGCGGUGAUCAUUUACACUGGGAGUGCAGAGCCACUGGCAAGCCACGCCCUUCUUACCGCUGGUUACGCAACGGAGAACCACUGAACACACAGAGCCGAGUGCAGAUGCUGAAUGGAGAGCUGAUGAUACAGAAAGUUCAGCCGGCCGACUCGGGGAUGUACCAGUGUGUAGCUGAGAACAAGUACGGAGCCAUCUACUCCAGCGCUGAGCUGAAAAUCCUGGCCUCAGCUCCCGUGUUCAGUUCUAACACAGCGACCGUCAUCGCCACGGUGAGUAAAGACGCGUCUCUGGAGUGCAGACCUCGAGCUUCACCCAAACCCAGGAUCACUUGGAGGAAAGGUGACAGAAAACUCCAGAGCAGUCGGAGAAUUGUGGUUCUGCGCAACAACACGCUGCAGAUCAUCAACGCGAGCCGUGCGGACGAGGGCAGCUACGUGUGUCGAGCUGAGAAUCAGUUCGGCUCGGCCGAGAUGACGAGCUCGCUGCUGGUGAAAGAGGCCAUGAGGGUGGAUCUGAGCCCGAGGCGUGUCGAGGUGACGGUGGGGGAGAGCGUGGUGCUCAGCUGUAAAGCCACACACGACCCCUCGCUCGACAUCUCCUUCCUCUGGCAGCUCAACAACCAGCCGCUGGACGCCCAACAGGACGACGACCAUUUCGAGUACAUCAGAACACAGUCUUCCACGAUGGAUCUGAUGAUCAGAAACAUUCUCCUGAAGCAUGCUGGGAAAUAUGGCUGCCGGGUUCAGACGAGUGCUGACACGGUCCUAGCUGAAGCUGAGCUGCUCGUCAGAGGUCCCCCAGGACCUCCUGGAGUGGUGAUCGUGGAAGAGAUCACAGACACAACAGCCACAUUGUCCUGGAGUCAUGGUGUAGACAAUCACAGUCCCAUCAGCACCUACAACCUGCAGGCUCGCAGCCCGUUCUCCUUGGGCUGGCAGACAGUCAAGACAGAUCCAGACCCAGUGACUGGAGAUAUGGAGUCUGCCAUGGCCGUGGAGCUCAACCCCUGGGUGGAGUACGAGUUCCGGGUUGUGGCCACCAAUGCCAUUGGUACAGGUGACCCCAGUGCUCCAUCCAGGCUGGUCCGAACCAAAGAAGCAGUUCCAUCAGUUGCUCCAACCAACGUGAGCGGAGGGAACGGACGCCGGCACGAACUCGUCAUAUCCUGGGAGCCUGUUUCUGAAGAGUUCCAGAAUGGAGAUGGGUUCGGCUAUAUCGUGGCGUUUCGUGCCAAUGGAACACGAGCGUGGAAGGAAAAGAUGGUGACGUCAGCAGACUCCACCACCUAUAAGUACAGGGAUGAGACGUUCCCUCCUCUCACGCCGUUUGAGGUGAAGGUGGGUGUGUACAACAACAAAGGAGAUGGGCCCUUCAGCAAAGCAGUCACCGUGUUCUCCGCAGAAGGAGAGCCACGGGAAGCACCAUCUGAUGUGAAAGCAUCCGCCAUGUCCUCUUCUGAGGUCAAGGUCACGUGGAAAGCACCCAGCCCUGGGCCAGGAAGACCCCAGGGAUACGAGGUGAACUACUGGAGGGACUCGGAGCAGGAGGAGGCAGGGAAGAGAAAGAGGACGGUGGGAAAUGAGACGGUUGUGCUGAUUUCAGGACUGGAGGGGAACACGCAGUACCACAUCACAGUGAAGGGUUUCAACAGCAUUGGGCAGGGACCACCGAGCGCCUCCAUCCAGGCCAGCACCAAGAAAAACCCCCCGAGCCAUCCACCAGCCAAUGUGAUGUGGAUUCAGGAGGGGAAUAAUGUCUCCUUAUCCUGGGACCCAGUGAAGGCUCUGGACAACGAGUCGGAUGUUAUAGGCUACAGGGUAUUAUUACGUCAGGAGGGGCGUGGUCACAGUCAGGUCAUGAGGACCCCAAACACGGCUGCGGUCCUCACACUACCAGAAGGAGGAACUUAUAUUAUUGAAGUGUGUGCCAUCAGUGAAGGAGGCGAAGGAGCAGCCAGCUCUCAAAUCAGAGUGCUCACAUCCUCAGGUGUGAGGGCGAAAAGUCAGCAGCGUUCUGUGCAUUAUCUGCCGUCAGUCUUCGCAUGGACUCUUCUUCUCCUGACGGUCCUGAUGGUGCCUUCUGCCCCGUGGUGAGGCAUCUUCACCAUGUAACUCUGCCCCCUGUGUGGAGGGAAUGGACUCUCCCUACACCAUACAGACUGCCGUGUUGGCCUGAACCAUCUCCAGGACAUAGGGGUUGGCCAAAUGCAAGUGCUUCUUUAUUCAACCAGGAAUCCAUCCAUUUUUUUGCUACUGAUUCUGUUGCAGUUUUUCUUCUCAUUAUCAGUGUUGUAUUGUGCAUUGUGCAUAGAACGUCCUUAUAUUACACAAACUGCUGAACUUUUAUCAAAUCCAGCCUUCACUGAGAGCCGGGAACACUGAGGACUGAGACUCUUCAUCUGACACGUCUCCAUCCCUUUAACCCGUGGCUGCCUAAACAAGUGAAGCCAUUAAACUCAGCUUAGAUAAGUGCAUUGUUUCUUAUUCACACAUUAAGAAUGACAGCAAGAUGGAUGACAAGAAGUAGAAGAAAAGAAAAAACUAACAAAAACAACAACAGUGAAAUGUUUUUAUAGUGCCGAGUCUUUCCAGACUUCCUUUUUGUACAUCAUGUUAACUUAAAACUGGUGUGUGUGUGUGUGUGUGUGUGUGUGUGUGUGUGUGUGUCAGAGGGUUUUUUAUGUUGUGUUUUUGUCAGUUUAUGAUGCACAUGCGAGGCUGCUGAAGGUCUGGGUGGGUGUGGUCAAGGUAGUCUAGAGGGCAGGGUUUUACCUGUAGUGCCCAAACGCAUCAUUAGACAAACAGAAAGAAUCAAAGAAUCUGUGAUGUCAUGGUGAACGCUGAAAUAAAUGUGACGUAUAUUUUUCA